CACUGCAUAAAAACAGCCGCUGCGACACCAGUCCCAUUUCAUUGACAGCACAUUUCUUCUUCCCUUUUUGUUCAUGCGAGGAGAACGCUUCUGUUCUCUUCGCUUGCCGUCUGCGUUGGUUGCAGCCUCGGUCGUCGGUGUCCGUUGCAGCCCCGUCUGUUGGUGUUGGGCGGAGCACAUGUGCUGGCGGCAGCUUGGUGGCUUUUUUCAAUGCACUUUUUUCUCCUUUAGCUGCUUCCAUUGAAGCUUCACGAGAUUGUCUCAGUUGCUCGUUUGCAUCUGCCUUGGAAUCUCCUCAGUUUCGUCAAGGCUAGUCUCUGCUGGGUUCUCUUUCAAAUGCAUGUGAAGAUUUUACUAUGCUCGUGGAAUCUGAACAGACAUAAAAUGUUGUGAUACCCAUACUGAUAACAAGGUAACUGGGUUUUGAUUUCAAGUCAACCAUGGAGUGCAACAAGGAAGAGGCUCUAAGGGCUAAGAAAAUUGCAGAAAGUAGAAUGCAAAGUGGUGACUUUGUAGGGGCACUGAAGUGUGCUACAAGGGCCCAAAAACUGUUUCCUGAAAUUGAGAACAUUGUUCAUAUCCUUACAGUUUGUGAGGUUCACUGUGCUGCACAGAAGAAACUUUCUGGAUCUGAAAUGGAUUGGUAUGGAAUUCUUCAAACUGAACAACUGGCAGAUGAAGCAACCAUAAAGAAACAGUUCAGGAAGCUUGCCUUGCUACUUCAUCCUGAUAAAAAUAAGUUUUCAGGUGCAGAGGCUGCAUUCAAGUUGAUUGGAGAGGCAAAUAGGUUGUUAAAUGACCAAGACAAGCGGAAAUCGUAUGACAUGAAGUAUAGAGCCUUCAUGAGAGCUGCAUCAUCUAAGCCCUCAUCUUAUCAUUCAAAUGGGAGUGUAUUUGCCCAGAAACAUGAUGAACAAGCAAGAAAUUAUCGGAAUUAUUCACAUCCUUCAAGUUGGGGUUCCUAUCAGCAGGCUGUUCUGCAAACUUUCUGGACAUCUUGUAAUCAUUGUAAAACUAGAUAUGAAUACUACAGAACUGUUUUAAAUGCAACCUUACGCUGUCACCAGUGUUCUAGACCCUUUAUAGCUCGUGAGUUGGAAUUUCAGCAGGGACCACCUGGAUACAAGUGGACAUCAGAUCAGAAAGAACAUCCAAAUUCUGAAUCCACGACAAAACGUGCAUAUGGAGUUGAUGGGCACUGUAAAGGUGAAAAGAGUGAAGAUGGCAAUGGGAUUGCUGGAAGGGCAAAUGUAGAUGUUAGAAAAUCCAAAUUUGCUUCAUCCAAGGCCAGGGGGUCUUAUUCGCCAACUCAUAUUGAAAGUAAGAAGGACAAUCCUGGAGAGAGUUGCAAGACUGAGAAUGGUAACGGUGUUGAAGAUGCCAAUGUUCAAGGAAGUGGUAUUGAUCCUUCUGGACCUAAAGUAACAGCACAGUCUAGGAGAUCUUCCAGGCAAAAGAAGGAUGUUUCUUACUCGGAAACCUCCUGUGAUGAUGAUUUUGACAAUCCUAAAAGGCGUCGACAAAAUGGAUCAUUUAGCACCAUAGGAAUGGAGAAAAGGGAAGUACCUGCAAGUGGUGGGUUUUCUACACACAACUGUUCAGCUAGUUCUGCAUCUGGUCUGGGUGGUGAGAGUGGAGAGAAGAGCAACAAAGCAAGUGGUCUUCCUGAAGAAACAUUGUUACAGAAGAGAAGCAAAAUUGAGCAAUCUCAUGUGCAUAGAGAGGAGCCAUCUAAGUCAAGUGUUGACGAUGCAAACUCAAAAGCCGAUCAUUAUCCUCCAUUUAAUUCAGGCGUCCCUUCUAUUCCAGAUAUCAUCAAUUGUCCUGAUCCAGAUUUCAGUGAUUUUGAGAAGGAUAGAGCGGAUAAUUGUUUUGCUAAAGAUCAGUUCUGGGCCAUUUAUGAUCCAAGUGAUAGCAUGCCAAGAUACUAUGCUCGUGUGAAGAAAGUGCUGUCUCCUGGAUUCAAGUUGCUAAUUACUUGGUUGGAGGCUGACCCAGAUGAUGAAGGUGAGAUUGAUUGGCAAGAUGCAGAAUUGCCUGUUGGUUGUGGCAAGUUCAGGCUAGGUGACACUCAAGAAAUUGAAGACCGUGCUAUGUUCUCUCAUCAGAUGCAUAAUAUUAAGGGAAUUGGCAGAAGAUGUUAUAUGGUAUAUCCUCAUAAAGGGGAAACAUGGGCAAUAUUUAAAGAUUGGGAUAUAAAAUGGAGUUCUAAUCCAGAAAAGUAUUGUAAGUACGAAUAUGAAUAUGUGGAAAUCCUGUCAGAUUUUACUGAGAAUAUUGGCAUUGAAGUUGUAUACCUUGGCAAGUUGGAAGGCUUUGUUAGCCUCUUUCAGCAAACUGAGCACAAUGGACUUAGCUUAUUUUGUGUUCCACCUAAUGAGCUCUAUAGGUUCUCACAUCGAGUUCCUUCAUUUAAGAUGACUGGUGAUGAAAGAGAAGGCAUUCCUUGUGGAUCUUUUGAACUUGAUCCUGCUGGUUUGCCUGUUGAUCUUUUCGGAGUUGGUAAUGCUGGUGAUGUGGAUAUGGGAGAUGAAAUGUUAGAUGCUGGGGUCAAAAGUUCGUGCCACAAAUCCCCUGAACAAAAAGUGGAAAAUGUGAUGCCUAAAGAGAGUGGUCAUGAGGCAAAGGUAAAUAGUAGUAAUGACGUUGAAAGAGCUUCCUCAAUACUUAGAAGGUCGCCAAGGGGGUUGAACAGAAAAGAUAUGAAUAAUGGCCAACUUAAUAGAAGUCAGCAUGUGACAAAAGAGAAUGGUAGCAAAGACAUGGGCUGCACGGACUUCAGUCAACGUGGUGGAACUGAUGAGCCUAGUCAUGAGGGGAAGGUGCACAAGACAGACGAUGUUGAAAAAGCUUCCUCAAUACUUAGAAGAUCACUAAGGGGAUUAAAAAGCAGAAGUAUGGAACAUGGUCGAGUAAAUGAAAGUCAACAUAUGACAAGAGAGGAUGGUAGCAAAUAUGUAGGUUGCAAGGACUUCAGUCAACCUGACGGAAUUGCUGUUGAAGAUCAGGCUGAUGAGAGGGUCAAAACGCCAAAGAAACAUGAUAAAAAUGAUUGUGGAAGAGAAGGUUCGAAUGUGAAAAGAUCACCUAGAGAUUUAAGCAAGAAAAAAGCCCAAGUAGAUGCUAAUCAAUGCAUGACUGGCAAGGUAAGCGGCGAACAUUCAGAUGCAAACAAAAAGUUGGAUAGCAGAUUUUCUGAGUCUUUUGGAGGUGUUUACAGACGUUUCACAGAAGAUUUAGAGUUCCAAAAGCAUCACAAUAUAUGGUAAAAUCUGAAGAAAUGUUUCAGCGUGGUCAGAUAUGGGCAUUAUAUAGUGAUAAGGAUCGGGUGCCUGAUAUUUAUGUGCAAAUUAAGAAGAUUGAUUUUGCCCCUGAUUUUAGAUUGCAUGUGGCCUUCCUUGAACCCUGUUCACGCAUAACUGGCGUGGGAGCUUGUGGUACCUUUAUGGUUAAAAAUGCUAAAACCCAUGUCGUUUCCCUUUCUACUUUCUCUCAUCAGUUAAGAGUUGAACCUGGGGAAGAUAACAGAUAUGAAAUUUAUCCAAGGAAAGGUGAGAUAUGGGCGUUAUACAAGAACCAGCAUCGUGGAUCAACUUGUUCAAGUCAGGUGAGAGGUGAUUGUCACAUAGUGGAAGUGUUGGAAGACGAUGAUGAGAGUUCAAAAGUUGUGGUUCUGGUUCGUCAUGACAACUCUAGGCCAAUUUACAAGGUGCCUAGAAUUCAGAGAUCUAAAAAUGUUAUCAUUAAUAUACCGCGGGUGGAUGCUUAUAGAUUUUCUCACCAGAUUCCUGCUUUUAAGCACACUGGAGAUGGCGGCAUUCAUCUCAAAGGAUGUUGGGAGCUUGAUCCUUCAUCAAUUCCAGGUUUUGUGAUAAACGUAGACUGAAGUAUAGCCUGUCUUCUCUUGCUUUCUUCAUUAGUUGUGUUUCCUUCCGUUCUUUUAGGAUUUGGAGCUUAGCAUCUACGUCAUUGCAACGUGUAAAAUAAUUGCUUUUCACAUGAAUCAUGAUCAGUAACAUAACGUCAGAUAAGUGUAGUAAGUUCUGCCUAUAUCUGUUUUAUCGUUUGUAACAAGGAAACUACCUGGUGUCUUGGUUCAUUACUCGGGUGCACAAGCUGCUGAGCUUACGAACUUUUUCUAUAUGCAAUGGUAUUAGGGGCUUCCAUUGAUGAUAUUA